GGAGGAGGAGGAGGAGAAGAAGGAGGAGGAGGUGGGACUCGGCGGGAGGAUGGGCUUACUCUCAAUUUUGCGCAAAUUGAAAAGUGCACCAGACCAGGAGGUGAGACUCCUUCUCCUGGGCUUGGAUAAUGCUGGUAAGACUACUCUUCUGAAGCAACUUGCAUCUGAAGACAUCAGCCACAUCACACCUACACAGGGGUUUAACAUCAAAAGUGUACAGUCACAAGGUUUUAAACUGAAUGUAUGGGACAUUGGUGGACAGAGGAAAAUCAGACCAUACUGGAGGAAUUAUUUUGAAAACACUGACAUUCUUAUAUAUGUUAUUGACAGUGCAGACAGAAAAAGAUUUGAAGAGACGGGUCAGGAACUAGCUGAAUUACUGGAGGAAGAAAAGCUAAGUUGUGUGCCAGUGCUCAUCUUUGCUAAUAAGCAGGAUUUGCUCACGGCAGCCCCUGCCUCUGAAAUUGCAGAAGGACUGAACCUGCAUACCAUCCGUGACCGAGUCUGGCAGAUCCAGUCUUGCUCAGCUCUCACAGGAGAGGGCAUUCAGCCCCAUCCCCGGCCCCCUGUGGCCAUGACCAGAAGACAGAAUUUGAAGAAAGGGGAUACUGGGUUUCCCAUCCGCCCAUCCCCAGUGAGUCUUGGUAAGACUUGCUCUGUGUACGACUGCAUCUGAAUGUCGUCGGGGGAAGUGGGGAGGGGGAGGGCUGGGGCGCCAGAGGGCCCCGGGGCCCCAGGAUGUGUGCUCAAACCAGUGGUGGGAAAAACUCCUUCCCUCCUCUCCUGCCGACCUGCCCUGCGCUGACUCCUUCUGGCUGGAUCCCCGCGCCCAGUGCAGCACACCCUUUCCCCUUCACUCUCCCGCGGUUACUAUGGAAACAAGGGUGUCAUUGAUGUGGGCUGAGCUGGGGAACAUGUCGGCGCACAGCUGAAAGUCAGCGAUUGUGCCGGCGGGUGGAAACGUGCGGUGGUGAAAGAAGUCCACAGCUCCUGAAACUGCUGUAAGGACACAGUGCUGCCCCCUCUCUCCCUCCAUCUCCACUUCUCUCUCUCCUGGCUUUUGACAAAUUUCUUUAUUCCCCUCUGGGCUAAAAGCAGUGGCUAUUUUUGUGCCACUCUGUGCCCCACCCGUACUGUCGGUUGCUACUAAUCCGGCCUGACCUGGAGGGUGACACCAUGUCACCCUCACCAGGACUCGUCCCUUGAUUCCCAUCAGAGUUUGCUUUGAUUUCUCUUUCCUUCUCCGAGGCUAGUUCUUACUUCCUUUUAUUUUUAGCUCUGCACUUCAUGUGGUUUCAGGGUUCAGUCUGAUCCAUCGAAAGGCUCUUUUUUUUAUAGUCCCUUUUG